AUGAAACAAUUGUGUUUAAAGAAUUUAAUAACUUCAUCUUAUGCUGCAAACUGUGUUGCAUUAGAUAAUUCAUGUUAUGACAGCAUUUUUGAAAUACGUUGGAAAAAAAGAAAAUCUGAAGAAAUUAUUGAAAAUGAUGAUGAAGAAAUACCAGACUUACUUUCUUUUGAAAAUGAUAGUGUUAACAUAAAUAUUCUUAAAGAUAAUAUUUUAUACUAUAUUAGUGGAUUUAUAGUAAGAACCAUUUUUAAGAAAAUAGAAUGCCCUACGUGUACUGAAAGUUUACUAGAAAGAAAAACUACUAUAGAUCAUAAUUAUAGUCAUAAAAAUUCUUAUUCGGCUCUAGUUAAUAUUAAAAAUAGGGGAGGACUAGUACGGAGUUCUACUGAUGUAUUAAAAAUCGUGAAAUUUGUUGAACAUACUCUUAUUCAACUCACAGAUAAUUUUAAACAUCUAAAAUUGGGUUCAUAUUCUAAAAUUGUUAUUCAUACUAAGAACUAUGUCUACAAUAAUAAUGUAUUUAAAAAUUUAAGUUGUUUGGAUGAUUGUUUUCUAGAAAACCAUAAAUUACAUUUAGUAUCUUUAAUUUGUAAGGAAUAUCUCAAAAUACGUCUGCACUAUAUUGCUAAAUCUAAAGAUAAACAAGUUAGCAAACGACGUGUCUUAACUAAGCUGAUUUUAUUUAAUAACCAAUAA